UUUUUUUUCCUCGAGUUUAGCGAUUUUUGAAACGUUGUUUUCCAACUCCGCAGGCAAAGUCGCGUUAUAUUUUGGUAAAAAGCACCAUCUUCAUUUUUCCUGGAAAAAGAAAAAGGAAAACAAGAGUCGAGAGAACAGGAUUCCUUGCGAUCUCGUUUUGGAUUUUUCGUGUGAAUAAAAAGCAAGAACUGUAGUCAAUUGUUGGUGGAAUGUGUUAGUUCUGCAUUUACCUAUUGAAUUUGAGGAAUUGCUGUUACAUCUAGACAAAGAGAGAGGGAAACUUAGAUACAAUAAAAGUUUCCGUGGGAGCAUAGACUCUUGUAGUGAAUCGUACAUGUGAAUGUGAUGAAUGACACCCCAUUUGUGAUUAGUACCAAUUACAAGUUUCUAUCGAAUGGGUUUGACGGGGAUUUUUUGUUUUUCCAUAUUUCUUUUUAUUCCAGUUGAAUCUACUGGAAGAGAAGGGAAUAUGUGGCUCCAAAACUUGGGUGCGGAGUCCAGAGGAACUGUGAGUUUGACCGUCUUCAGUGCAAGUAUAUUUGUUGUUGCUGCUCUUGUUCUCUCCAUGUAUUUAGUAUUUGAGCAUUUAGCCUCCUAUAAUCAGCCGGAGGAACAAAAGUUUUUGAUUGGUAUCAUUUUAAUGGUUCCUGUUUAUGCAUUGGAAUCAUUUUUGUCAGUUUUGGAUUCUGAUGCAGCAUUUAACAGUGAAAUUAUCCGGGAAUGCUAUGAAGCUUUUGCAUUAUACUGCUUUGAGAGAUAUUUGAUAGCUUGCUUAGGUGGUGAGGACAAAACUAUUCAAUUUAUGGAAAGUAUGAACUUAACAGACUCCAGUAUUCCUCUUCUGAAAGAAGCAUAUGCUUAUGGAGUUGUAGAGCAUCCAUUUCCCUUAAAUCUCUUCCUGAAGGAUUGGAAUCUAGGCUCCGAGUUCUAUCAAUCUGUGAAAAUUGGCAUUGUACAAUAUAUGAUACUGAAGAUGAUAUGUGCAGUACUGGCAACAAUUCUCCAAUCUUUUGGGGUUUAUGGAGAGGGGAAGUUUGAAUGGAAAUAUGGAUGGGCGUGGCUGCUGUUGUGCACCUUUAUGUCUUCCCAGCAGAACCUUACAAAAGGGGGGAGAGGUGUGUCCGUAAUGUAGCAGUGAUGACCGACUAUGCCUCGCUAGGAGUGCCACCAGAUCCUGAGGAGGUUCGAGACUGUCAGCGCUCGACGAGAACAUGGCUGGGAGCCUAUGAGAGAGAAAAACCUAUGAAAUUUACCCAGAGUGUUCGGGACGUUGUUGUUGGAAGUGGUGAAAUUAUUGUCGAUGACAUGAUGUUUACAGUUUCUCAUGUGGUGGAGCCUGUUGAGAGGGGCAUUGCAAAGAUAAACAAAACCUUUCAUCAAAUAUCAGAAAAUGUGAAACGCCAUGAGCAGAGGACGCAAAUCGCCAAGGAUGAUUGUUACCUUGUUCCCUUGCGAUCACGAAUACCAGAAUUUUCUGACGUUCAUGAUAGUAUGGGUGAUGGAAGUUUCAGUGAUAGUGGCUUAUCCAGUGGAAAACGACAGUAUUCUCAGUCAAAAGCAGGAACCUCCAGAAGUAGAAGAUAGUGUUUUUUUAACAGUUCAGUGUAUAUAUAGUUACACACGAAUCGACGUGAAAUUUUAAACUACGUCGUUAUAUUUUGGUGAAAGUGCUGAAAUAUAAGUGUAUAUAUUUAACGUGAGGUGAUGGAGGUAUAUUGAGACACUGAAUAAUAACUGCUAUACGUGUAACAUAUCAUCAAGGUGUAUGCAUCAUGUGUAGUGCUCCUCGUAAAUGUUGAAGGAUUAUUAUAGGUUCCACUUCAAUUAUUUACAUUUAAUGAUAUGUUUGUUUUAGUUGGUC